UAAAUAUAUAAAUAUAUAAAUAAAAAGGAGAGAGGAAAGAGAGUGAUUCGUGAGCGUGCGUGUAAAUAAGAGCUAUUUUUCGUAUGAGAGCGAAAGAGACGCGCCCUGGCCGGAGAGAAGCGAGAAACGACAUAUUCGAAAGCAUCUUCGGACGAGGGAAGAUUUAGGCUGUUUCUCUUGAAGCCGAAUCGUCAAGUGGAGUAUAAGAAGAGGAAGAAGAAGAAGAAGAAAAAGAAGACGAUCACAGUGGCGGCAGAAGAGAGCGAAAGGAUACCGUCGCAUCACGGUUGUUUGGACGUUGUUUCGAUGUUCUCCAGUCCGGAUCGCCGGUGUUUCUUCCCCCUACAGAGGAAUAACCCCUCUCGCGGAGACUGAUCGAGCCGAUAUAUAUAUUUCGUGAAAGAAACCGCAGUGAAGGAGGUGAACAAGUGUCGAAGGUAAAGCGAGGAGUGAAAAAAAAGUGGAAAAGGAGGAAGGAAAGAGAGGGAGAAAGAGAAAGACAGCGCAAAAGAGAGGAAGGAAAUAUAGAGAGCGAUCGUGUGGCAUCGAGAGGGCCGGCUCCAUGUUGUGAGCGUCUGAGGACUGCCGAGGGCAGCAGCGAAAGGGCGGAGUAGGGUGCCGCCGCCGUUAUGGAGUACGGUGGCGGGGGCGGUGGGACACGCGGGGGUGUCCAGCCACCCUCCGCGGGGGCGAGGGGCAUCGCCGGCACCGACACUACCGACGCUGCGUGGCACAAACACGAACAAAUGAUGCUCAUGGAGUCCAGGCACAAGCAACAAUCAAGGUUGCGGCCAGACAGAAGGGAGGCUUCAAAUUGUCCGUACAUCCACCCUAUCGCGCCGCCGGAUUUCACCCCUCCACACUCGCGCACCCUCACACUUCGGCAACAAUACACACAUUUACACUCCCAUUUACACGCACAUAACUUUGCGAUCUUUACGAAUACAUAG